UCCGGCCGCGCGGGGCCCGCUCCAGCCGCCCGUCGCCGCCCCCGCCCCCCGCGCGCCCGCGCCCUCGCUCGCCCCGCGCGCGUUCCUAGGGCGCCACCUCUUUGCGACUCGCUCACUUCUCCGGCAGGUUUGCCUGGGAGCGUGUGAACAUUCCUCUGCUCGACUUUCAACUCGCCUCCAACCUGCGCCGUUCGGACAGCAUGCCUCCCCGCCCGUGAAGCGGGGCAGCCGCUGCCCUGCCGCUCCGGCCGCCGCCGCCCCUCCGCGCCGCUAUUAACCCGCCCUCGCCGCCACCUGGCCCUCCUGAUCGACGACACACGCACUUGAAACUUGUUCUCAGGGUGUGUGGAAUCAACUUUCCGGAAGCAACCAGCCCACCAGAGGAGGUCCCGAGAGCGAGAGGAUACGAUGCUGCGGAGGCUGGUUCAGCAGUGGAGCGUCGCGGUGUUCCUGCUGAGCUACUCGGUGCCCUCCUGCGGGCGCUCGGUGGAGGAGCUCGGCCGCCGGCUCAAAAGAGCUGUGUCUGAACAUCAGCUGCUCCAUGACAAGGGAAAGUCCAUCCAAGAUUUACGAAGACGGUUCUUCCUUCACCACCUGAUCGCCGAAAUCCACACAGCGGAAAUCAGAGCUACCUCGGAGGUCUCCCCCAACUCCAAGCCUGCUCCCAACACCAAGAACCACCCCGUCCGAUUUGGGUCUGACGAUGAGGGCAGAUACCUCACUCAGGAAACCAACAAGCUGGAGCCGUACAAAGAGCAGCCCCUGAAGACGCCGGGCAAGAAGAAGAAAGGCAAGCCUGGGAAGCGCAAGGAGCAGGAGAAGAAGAAACGGCGAACUCGGUCGGCCUGGCUGAACUCCGAAGUGGCUGAGAGUGGGCUGGAUGGGGACUACCUGUCUGACUUCUCCACGACGUCGCCGGAGCUCUAUUUACGGAGGCAUUGAAAUUUUCAGCAGAGACCUUCUGAGGACAUAUUGCAGAAUUCUGUAAUACUGAACAUAUGGAAAGUAUUAGAAAUAUUUAUUAUCUGUAAAUACUGUAAAUGCAUUGAAAUAAAACUGUCUCCCCCAUUGCGCUAUGAAACUGCACAUUGGUCAUUGUGAAUAGUUUUUUUUUUUGCUAAAGGCUAAUCCAAUUAUUAUUAUCAUCACAUUUACCAUAAUUUAUUUUGUCAACUGAUGUAUUUAUUUUGUAAAUGUAUCUUGGUGCUGCUGAAUUUCUAUAUUUUUUGUAACAUAAUGCACUUUAGAUAUACAUAUCAAGUAUGUUGAUAAAUGACACAAUAAAGUGUCUCUAUUUUGUGGUUGAUUUUAAUGAAUGCCUAAAUAUAAUUAUCCAAACUGAUUUUCCUCUGUGCAUGUAAAAAUAGCAGUAUUUUAAAUU